AUGAUUGUUACUCUCCUCCUCCUCCUCCCCCUCCUCCUCCUCUUCCUUCUCUUCUUCCUUCUUCUCUUUCUCCCCCUCCUCCUACUCCUUCACCAGCGACUACAAUUUGCCUCUUUUCCUUAUGUUACUCAUCUGGCAUGCUUGUGCACUGUUUACAGAUUUCUUUUUCAUACUUCACCUCCGACCCUCUUUAUUCUCCGCUGUUAUCAUUUUCUUUCUUUCUUUCUUUCUUUCUUUCUUUCUUUCUUUCUUUCUUUCUUUUCCCUCCCUUCGUCUCCUUUAUUUGUUUUUUUUUCCUUUUGCGACCUUUCGUCUUCCCUUCUUAGCAUUUUAUAUGCUUCCGUUUCUUUGUUUCUUUGUUUCUUUGUUUCUUUUCUUUCUUUCUUUCUUUCUUUCUUUCUUUCUUUUUUCCUCCUUUCGUCUUCUUUUAUUUGUUUUUUUCUUUUGCGACCUUUCGUCUUCCUUCUUAGCAUUUUUUAUGCUUCCCUUUCUUUUCUUUCUUUCUUUUUCUUUUCUUUCUUUCUUUUUCUUUCUUUCUUUCUUUUCUUUUCUUUCUUUCUUUUAUUUCUUUCGUUUUUCUUUCUUUCUUUUCCUCCUUUCGUCUUCUUUAUUUGUUUCUUCCUUUUGGUGACCUUUGUCUUCCCUUUCUUAGCAUUUUAUAUGCUUCCUUUUCUUUUCUUUCUUUCUUUCUUUCUUUCUUUCUUUUCUUCUUUUUUCUUUCUUUCUUUUCCCUCCCUUCGUCUUUUUAUUUCAUUUUUUAUAUAUGCUUCCUUUUCUUUCUUCUUCUUUCUUUCUUUUUUUUUCUUUCUUUCUUUCUUUCUUUCUUUCUUUUUUCCUCUUUCGUCUUCUUUUUUUCAUUUUAUAUGCUUCCGUUUCUUUUCUUUCUUUUUCUUUCUUUUUUCUUUUCUUUUUUCUUCUUUUUCUUUGUUUCUUUUUUUCUUUCUUUCUUUCUUUCUUUCUUUUUCUUUUCCCUCCUUUUCGUCUUCUUUAUUUGUUUUUUUCCUUUUUGCGACCUUUCGUCUUUCCCUUCUUAGCAUUUUAUAUGUUUUUCUUUUCUUUCUUUCUUUCUUUCUUUCCUUUCUUCUUUCUUUUCUUUCUUUCUUUUCUUUCUUUCUUUUUUUCCUCCCUUCGUCUUCUUUAUUUCUUUCUUUUUUGCUUUCUUUUUUAAGCAUUUAUAUGCUUUCCUUUCGUCUUUUCUUUCUUUCUUUUUUCCUCUUUCUUUCUUUUCUUUCUUUCUUUUCCUCCCUUCGUCUUCUUUUUAUUUCAUUUUUAUAUGCUUCCUUUUUUUUUUCUUCUUUCUUUCUUUCUUUCUUUCUUUCUUUCUUUCUUUCUUUCUUUCUUUCUUCAUGGCAUGGACGAACAUCACUUCUUCCCGCCUUCUUUUUCUUUCUUUUUCGACAUUUACUUAAAUCUAUCUAUCUAUCUAUCUAUCUAUCUAUCUAUCUCUAUCUAUCUACAUUCAUUAUCUAUCUAUCUCAUCUAUCUAUCUAUCUAUCUAUCUAUCUAUCUAUCUAUCUAUCUAUAUAUAUAUUCAAAUCUAUCUAUCUAUCUAUCUAUCUAUCUAUCUAUCUAUCUAUCUAUCUCUCUAUCUAUCUAUCUAUCUAUCUAUCUGUAUCUAUCUAUCUAUCUAUCUAUCUAUCUAUCUAUCUAUCUAUCUAUCUAUCUAUCUAUCUAUGUUCAUAUCGAUCUAUCCAUUCAAAUCUAUGUACGCAUCUAUCUAUUCACAGCUGUCUAUCUAUUUAUCUAUCUGUAUAUUCACAUCUAUCUAUCUAUCUAUCUAUCUAUCUAUCUAUCUAUCUAUCUAUCUAUCUAUCUAUCUAUCUAUCUAUAGAUAGAUAUAGUGAGAAAUAUGUUAAACUGGAAAAUUUCUUUGGCUCCGCUCCACCUCUUUAUAUCACCGUUCUUGUCAUCCCACCCGUCCCUGCACUUGGGUUUUCUUGCUUGUCUUUCUUCGUUUCCAUCUUGAGACCCGCUCCUCACACCUUUCAUCUGCUCAUUAUUCAUAACAUGACCGCCCCUCCCCACCACAACACCAUCACAAUACACUACCCCCCCCCGCCUCCUGUUCAUCCAUUAUCUUCCCUUCUCUUUAAAUCGUUUGGCUUGCAUUCCGAUGGACACUCUCCGGCCGCUGUAAUUCACUUCUUUCUUUCUUCUUUCUUGAAUUCUUUCUUUCUUUCUUUCUUUCUUUCUUGA